UAUGCCCGUACAAUCCAGCAUCUCCACCUUCACUACCCCAGCGACGUGUUGGUGGCUGAAACCUCUCACAGUGCUGGCUAUGGCAAUGUCUACGCCAAGGCCGAAUCGUCCAGUAAACUUGUUGAUGCGAUCCAGAAGGAGAUCGGCAUCAAGUGCAGCUAUCUUCAGCGCAGCGUGUGGAAUGCCGAGAUGGAAGGUUACGAGGCGGUCAAGCGCUACUGCGUCGAGGAUCCGUACAAAACACCUUUCAUGAUGGUUCUCUCUGACCGCUACUAUGCGCAGUGCGCCGCGGCUGCUCUGCUCCACUGGCUGGCUACCAGCCAUUCCAUGUCCUUCAACUGUGCUUCUCUGAAGAUCGAGUACGAGACGGUUCGCGGUCAAAUGUUCAUCGACGCAGAGAGUGUUCGCAACCUCGAGAUCGUACAGAACAACCUCAGCAAGAAGACGCCCAAUACUCUGUUCUCCAUCCUCAAUUCUUGCUCCACACCCAUGGGAUCGCGCACUCUGCGAGCCUCGCUGCUUCAGCCGUCCAAUGGCGAGAGCGUGAUCAACAACCGACUUGACGCGGUGGAAGAACUAAUCGAUAACCCAACCAAACUUCGUCUCGUCCGCAAAUCGCUCAGUUCCAUUAGCAAGGUAAACAAUCUCAUGAUGGUCUUGUUUCUUUUUCGCCUCGGCAACCUGCUCAGUCUGCGCAAGGUUGUCAAGGAGAUGGCUGAACUCUCCGCUGUGCUUCAAGGCUCAUCGGCCCAUCUGCUUGAGCUGAGCUCCAAGGUGCUUUCCGACAGGGUGCUCGUGGUGAUCGCAGACAUCCUCGACGAACGCCUUUCUUCAGACGUGACGACCAAUAUCAAGGCGUCAAAGCGGCAGCUGCAGAAACACGCGAGGCUGUAUGCUGUCAAGAAUGGUAUCGACUCUCUUCUUGACGUCGCACGGUCCACACUGGCGGAAAAUGAGGCAGACAUCCACGCCCUUAAAGCUCAAAUUGAGGAAGAGUACGACUUUGAGCCCAUGCUGGAGUGGAGCGAGGCUGGGUACCGCUUCAGCGUACCAACAGAACUCGUGGACCGACGUAAUCUCCCGCGCGGCAUGCUCAACGUCGAGCGCAGCAAGAAGUACAUCAAGUUUACGACACAUGAGCUUCUUAAGCGCAAUGCCCGCAUGAAGCAGUCACAGCAGGAAGUCUUCGUGAUGAGCGACAAGUUUGUCUCGUCUAUGGUCCGCGAGCUCGUGGCCUACCUGCCGAGUCUGUUCUCGGGAUCGGAUGCUAUCGCGCUUGUGGAUGUGAUCACCAGUUUCGCAGGGAUUUCCUCUAUAGGUGUGCUGGGCCAAAACUCAUUCACCCAGAUCAAGAACGGCCGCCACGCCAUCCUCGAGGCGACGCUCCCGGCCGGGGAUAUCGUUCCCAACGAUGUCUUCGCUACGCACGGAAGCAGCCACUUUCAGAUUAUCCAAGGGCCCAACAUGUCGGGCAAGAGCACGUACCUGCGCCAGAUUGCCUUACUGACUAUCAUGGCGAUGGUUGGGUGCUUCCUACCUGCCGAGUCAGCCAUCAUUUGGCUCCCGGAUUGCCUGCUCUCCCGCCUCUCCAACGACGACAACAUGCAGAAGUCCCUGUCAACUUUCGCAGCCGAGAUGGCGACGUCCGCCAUGAUUUUGCGCAUGGCAACGAGCCGCUCACUCGUGCUCAUCGACGAGCUUGGCCGCGGGACGUCACCCAUCGAAGGUGUUGGCCUGUCGCAAGCUAUUGCCGAGAAGCUCAUUAAAACUCAAUGCUUUACAUUCUUCGCGACGCAUUUCCGCGAACUUGCACUGACGCUUUGCACGACCGCCGGCGUCCAAAACCUUCACCUCCAGGUCCAACGCAACAGCCACAUGGCUGAGUCGAGCGAGUUCGCCACCACGUUCCACUACAAGAUUCAGGGCGGCAAGUGCAAGGAUGAGCAUUAUGGCAAGCUGACGCCAGGGCUCGAGCUCGCCAAGCUCGCGGCGCUUCCGCCCGACGUGCUCGCGACGGCGUGGGAGGUGUCGACCAAGAUCAUUGACUUUGACGACAGCAGUAGGACCAACUUUCCAUAG